AUGGAUAAUUCUAAUGAGCGUGAUUUAGUUAUCAACAAUGCUAUACAACAAUGCUGUGACAUUAUAUUUUCCUCUUUGUCUGAUGACAGUGAAGAUGACGGCAAUGAAUAUGAAUAUGUAGUACAUUGUUUAGAAAGUAUAGAAACUAAAACUGCAAUACCUAGGUUGCAAAAUUAUGUUGAAACGAUCGUACCACAAUUCAAUGAUGGCCAAUUCAAAGCUAAUUUCAGGAUGCUUCCAACCACAUUCGAAUUUGUAUUGACUCUAAUUGCUCCAAAGUUAAAUAGAACAAAGCCAGGUUACAAAUCUGUUUCACCAAAUAAACAAUUUUUAGUUGCAAUUUGGAAAAUGGCUACUCCGGACUCUUACAGAUCAAUUUGUGAAAAAUUUGAUGUGGGGCGGGAAACUGCAUUAAGAUCUUUCAUAACUUGGCCAAGCGAGGAAAAAGCUGAGGAAAUUAAAAAUGGAUUUUUUUCUACCAGCACUUUUCCAAAUGUGCUUGGUGCAAUUGAUGGGACACAUAUUAACAUUCCUGCACCUCGUGACCAUCAAGAAGCUUAUGUUAAUAGAAAAGGACACCAUUCAAUUCAAUUACAAAAACAAGCUACAAAUCCAAAUCAAGAGAUGUAG